GUCUAAAGACAGAAGACAGUCUUUAUCGUCUCGUCUGUCAGAGAAAGUUCAGGCUUCGCUGGACGCCAACCGUGACAAAGAUGAGGACUUCAUGCCAGACAGGAAGCGCAUCCGUACCGCAGAGCACCAGAGCCAUAAAAAGCAGCGAACACAACGAGGCGUCAUAUUCAUGGAUGAUGAACCGGAACCAGAGAAUGAAACUUCUGGUCCUCAGAGCUGGAAAACAGCAUCAAGCAGCCAGGCGGCCGGUUCGUCCUCAUCAUGCAGUGCCUGCGAGCCCUGCUCCAUCUGCCCAUGUGCAUCCGCCAAGGACGGCGUGAAGGACAAGGACAAAGACGGCAGGAAGAAGAUACCAAAGAUCUUUUUUGGCACGCGGACCCAUAAACAGAUAACCCAGGUGGCUCAUGAACUGAAGCGCACCGUGUACUCCGGCGUGCACAUGACCAUCCUCUCCAGCAGGGAUCACACCUGUGUCAACGCAGACGUGGCGCCGCACUCCAACCGCAACGAACGCUGCAAGGAUCUGCUGGAGGCCAAAGAUAGUUCAGGCGCCUACUGUAAUGAGGACGAUUAUGCUGUCAGAUGGGGUCCAGGUGGAGCAACGUUCAGAGAGGAAGAUGGUUUCAUCUUUGUGUCUGAAACGGAGUCCUUCUCCAUGGACUACGGUGGCCCUGAAGCCUUCUCUGACCUGAGUGGAACCGUUCACAGCAUCGUGCUGACAUCAGGAACCCUGUCCCCCAUGGGAUCCUUCUCUUCUGAGCUCGGGGUGAAGUUCACCAUCCAGCUGGAGGCCAACCACGUGAUCAACAGAUCCCAGAUGCUGGACAAGUUGAGAGACCGAUGGGUCAACACUGGUCUGUGGGAGAAGCUGGAAGAGCAGAAAACUGUGAUCACAGAACCCCGCGGGGGGGCCAAGGGGGAUUUCGACGAGCUGCUGCAAACCUACUAUGAUGCCAUCAAGUACUGUGAAGAAAGGGAUGGUGCACUGCUGAUCGCCGUAUGCAGAGGUAAGGUCAGCGAAGGCCUGGACUUUACAGACGACAACGCCAGGGCAGUGGUCACCAUUGGCAUUCCCUUUCCAAACAUCAAAGACCUCCAGGUGGAGCUGAAGAUGAAGUAUAACGACCAGCACUGUAAGUCCAGAGGUCUCCUUCCAGGCCACCGCUGGUAUGAGAUCCAGGCCUACCGGGCCCUGAACCAGGCCCUGGGCAGGUGCAUCAGACACAGGAAUGACUGGGGGGCCCUGAUCCUGGUGGACGACCGGUACAAGAACAACCCUGAGCGAUACAUCACAGGUUUGUCUAAAUGGGUCCGGCAGCUCGUCCAGCACCACCACACAUUCAGCAAUGCAAUGCAGUCCCUGGUGGCCUUCUCUCAGGGACAGCAGAAGGUGGAGGAGGUCCCCCCCCUCAGCGCCUCCUCUGCUGAGAGUCUGAGCAGAGAAACAGAGCCUCAGAGAGCCACUCCAUGUUGUAAAACCCCUGAGCUCCAGCAGAACACACCCACACCUCUGAAAGCCAAGCAGAAUAUCCCAGCAGAGUCCCUGAAGACGCUGCAACGCACCCCAGCCCAGCUGCUCACAGCCCGGCCUUCGUAUCACAUUUUCACCUCCAGCUCUGGCAGCGCCGCCUUCAGGAAGCCCAUCUUUAAAGGGAAACCCCCGGAUGGACCCCCCCAGCCUGAGGGCCCACAGGCCUCUGCUCCUCCUGCCCAUCCUGAAACAUCCAGCCCUCCACAGGCAGCUGGAGAGAGUCUGGGUGGAAACACAGCAGAACCCAACAGCUCUGCUCCGGGGGUGUCUGCAGUAACGACCCCCCCCUGCUCUGACGGCGGAUCACCUGCAGCAGCAAACGCAUCGCAUGACGAUGAUGACGACCAAACCGUUUUCUACACUCCAGAACUUUUUGAGGAUGAAGGAGAUGAAGGAAAGCCGGUGUCUUCUCCUGGUUCAGAGAGCCCAGCCCCCCCAUCAGAGGAACAAACCCAGGACGCUGCGUCUGUCAGUAGGCAAAGCUCAGGGAUAUCACAGGGACAGAGAGGGGACGCCCCGACGCUGCAGCUGAGGGAGGAAGGAGAGGAGGAGAGCCAGAGCAGGCAGACAGGAAGUAGACUCCACCGCCUGUCCAGGUCCAGGCAGAGAGCCUCCUUCAGUCAGACAGGUAACACUCUGUAAGGUAGACGGCAUCCUGUAGGAGGGGGAAGGUCAGCGGGUCAAACCUGCGCCAUGAAAUCACCAAAGAAUUCAGUCUUAAUUCCAGUUUCAGUUUCCUUCCCUCUGUAGUUUAACAUGUUCUCCGUCCCGCUGCCUCAGGCAUUAACCCACACAGUAACCCUGAGUGGAUGGCCCGCCUUCAGCCGUCUCUGCUCUGCUGCUUAUGUAUGGUGACACUUCCUCUUAUUAAGGCCGUGGUCUGCCUAAACACACAGAAACUCCUGGAACGAUCAGGAUCAUUAAGAACGAGCAGGAAGAGCUCUAAAUCAUUAUUGGGUCUAAUUUAAUGAUGUGUCUGGAAGUAAUGGGGAGCUCUGCUAUGCCUGAUUUAACCCUGGAUGGACGACCAUCCUGUCUCCUAUUAAACUGCUGUUUGUGGGACAUAUGUGUAAAACAUGCACAGAUAACAGCAAGUCGAGCUGAAAUAAAACCUAUUUAACUGUUUAUUAAAUUUACUCAAUAAUACUGUAUUAAAAUAUAUCUUCUCUAGUUUACCUUUGGGAUCAAUAACAUUUUUAUUUGUAGGUCUAAAAGAACUCUGUGGGACUCGUCAUCUAAAAUCAGCAGAUCUGCUGUCGGACGCGUCUUGAAACGCAGCUUGGUGUUCUUCAGUCCUCGGUUUCUUCGUUUUCUGGCUGUUUAAUUGAAUAUCUGAUGAAUGAAACAGAGGAAAGCAUGAAAAUGGUCUGAGCUUCAAUAAACCACCGACUAUCUGAUUGCUGGUUAAAACAGAACUCGGCUGUUUUUAAUUUGGGUUUUUGAAUUUACACCGAACACUUUAACCCCUUAAACCCUGUGGGUCUUAGGAGCAAACUCCCUCUGAAAUUAUUCAUGUGAAUAAAAACAAGUUCAGCUCCCAAACUAUAAAUUCAAAAUACAAUUGUUUGAUCUUUUCAGGUGGAACCACUAUUUUAAAUGUCACCAUGUCUGAUUUGUAGGUGAUUAAACACAGAAAAAAUGAAUAAAGAUUUGCCAAUUUUUCCCCAAAAUAAACUCUGCAAAACACCAUGAAGGCCCAUUUGAAACUUUGGAUGAACCGUCAGACUUUAUAGAUCCACAUCUAGACUAGAACUCAAGCAGAUUUGAACUGAAUAGAUUGAAGCAUGUUUGUUCCACAGAGGUUUUAACGGAGAGUAGGUAGGCAGAAAUAGGAUGCAAAAAUAAAUGUUUUCCACACGUCAAAGGGAAUCUGACCAGACAAAUAUAUUGAUUGACAUUAUUGGAGACCUUUUGCUUAAGGCAAAGCCUUUGCUCCUAAGAUUCAGCCAUUUUUCAUUAACAUGUACCAAUAAUAUCACCAAA